UCUCAUUCGUGAAAACCAAACGCCGCGUCUCUUCCCUUUGUCGUACGCUCAGACAGUUUAUUUACCGCGAGUCCACUACCGAACGCACAACACACUUUCCUGUCCGCUUUUUGUUUUUGCUCAGACAACGAACGCUAAAAAUAUACCGCGAACAAUGGCUGACAUUGUAGCAGAUGUGAGGUAAGUGUAAACGUUUUAUACGAUUUUCGGUUCGGCGUCAUUUUUAUUUAAUAUUUAUUUUUAUUGACGUUUUUGUCGUUCUCACCCCGACGGUACUGUCGCCGCUGUACAGUUUUCGUCCCCGCCGCCGCUUUUACGGGGAGGUCUUUAUUUGUAUUUUAUUUUUCAUGCCGGCCGUCCCGCGAACAUGUCGCUUCGGUGCCAAGACGUUUGUCUUAUGACCACGGUUUGCCGACCGUCGUCUUGAGCGGUCUCCACCGGUCACCGCCGGAUGGACGCUUUUCGUGUCGCUUCGUUUCGAUUUUAUCGGUUGGUGGCGGUUACUCACCGCGCACACUCGGACAACACUUUUCUCGCUGUUUACGCGCGCGGCCCGCCGGUCAUCAUCCCUUUGUAUCCCGGCCACCGGUUCAAGUACUAUAUCACAGGUGUGAGAAUCACAUGGUUACCGGCGGAAUAGAUUCGUUCUAGAAAAUUAUAUUGGUUUUUUUUUUUUUUAAUGUCACGUUUGACCUUGUCGCCAUUGAGACGGCUACAUUCAUCUUUGUUUAGACAAAUAUAUCAUUUCGCUUCGGCUGUUUUUCUAUUAUUGCUUCUUAUCUAAUUGCAAACUAUUCGCCGACUAGAGGUCAGGACCCUUAUGAAAACAAAUCGUUUUAUGAUACAAAUUAAAUAAUGUGAUACAACAAACCUAGACUGAAUUAUACAAAGGUCACGACAUGUACUUGUUGUACUAUAGUGACCCCUCGUAUAAUAUUUAAUCAUCAUUGCCCCCAUAAUUAGGCACAAUUAACUGGUGUGUCAAUAUUACUCCUAUUAAUAAGUAGUACCUAGUUAGUCUGGUGAUAAUGAUUUGUUUGGUGAUUAAACAUGACCCCUCGGUUGUAUAAGUUUGUAAACAAAUAGGUAUGUGAUUAUUGAUAUUUAAUUUUCUAUAUCGGUUUAUAAAUACAUUUAGUUAGAUAACUGUAUCGGGAGAAAUUGUUGGGUCUUAAUGUUUUAUUUAAUUGCUACGGUUUGGUUAAACCUGUUAGGAACAUGAAGAGCCUAGAUUUUGGGUCAGGCUUUCGCCGUCAUCCCCCACAUACCUUAUGUUAGCGCUGGGCGCUAUUCAAGGGACGGGUUUUUCAGUGUGUCCGCAGUGGCAAGCCUGUGCGGCGUGCCUGGGUUGCCCGAGGGCCACCAGCACACCGGGCCGGCAAGCUGGCCCGUUCUUUUCGACUCGGGUACGACUAAGUCGCAUGGGUUCCUUAUGUCUCAUUGGGUCAGUGAUUUCUCUACUAUCUUGCGCUGGUCCUACAACCACCACGUUGCAGCCGAGAUGGCGCUUCAACCGCAAGGGGGCACUAAGUCUAGAGUGGCAAGCCGGUCCGGCGUGUAGCGGGCAUCCCACCUCCCGUUGUACAGACUAGGUUUUAAGUUGAUGUCGGUGGGUCAACCCGAGGCUAAGCCCCUGUCACUAUUUUAGCUACCCAAGCCGGCUAGUGGUGGGCCUUUAGCUGUUAGGAACAGUUAUACUACUUACUGUCCAUAGAAACACCUGGUUUAUAAAUUAAACAAUUACUCGAACACCUGCUAGAAUUUUUGAGUCAUUAACAGCUAGGAACUUACUGUAAUUUGAAUUUAUGUGUCAAAUGUUAUUUUCUUCUGUAUAUUUUGGCAUUGAAUUUAUUAUUUAAAUAUUGUUUAUACCAAUUAAAUAUUGAUAUAUUUAUUUUGGUCUUUUAAUUUUUAGUGAAAUCAACUCUCCAGAAAAGAAGGUAGCUGACUCGCCAGUGAAAGAAAAGAAGGUACCGGAUUCUCCAGCAAAGAAGGUUGAAUCCCCAGUUAAAGAAAAAGUAGCUGAAAAUGGAUCUAAGGCAGAAGAAGAAGAAGAGGAUGACGAUGAAGAAGUCAAAGAAAAUGGUGCUUCAGAAGAAGAGGAAGUAGCUGAAAAAGAUCAGAAUGGGGACAGCAAAGGUUUGUUAUUUGGGUGAUAAAUUUAUGUACACAUUUUUUAAGUAUUAAUUUUUAAAUUUAUUUUAGAAGAAGAAGAUGAGGAAGAAACUGACAGUUGCCAAAAGUCAGCAAAGAGGAAAUCUGGUGCUGUAGAAGCAGAACCAGAGUCUGAAGAAAGCAGUGAAAAGAAGGCCAAGUUGGAUGAGGCUGAAGAAGAUCCAGCUACUGCCGAGCCCCAGUUUGUCGAAGCGUAAACUCAUGUCCAUGACAUUAAAUUAUUCUAGACCCUACCCUCCUUUUGUUUGUAAUUAAUAACUACUAUUUUGACUUCGAAGCAGAUCUCUUUGGUACAUGAAUUUUAACUUAAUGUUCAAUUUGUAACUGCUCCAAAUUAUUAAAUGACGUACAAAUUAUUUCCUUUUCCAAAAUUCGACAUUUCCCAAAACUUUGAUAAUUAUUUAAUUUUAAAUGUAAUUUUAAGUUAAUGGUUUUUUUAUGUCUUAAUGAACUUAAUUAUUUGGUCAAUUUUUUUUUAUUUUAUAUCUUUUUACUAUAGGAUAUGGUAAAAUUAUAUUUACAAAAAUAUAGUUUUUAGUCAAGGGAUGGUUUCUUUUAAAUAUAAUUUUUUAAAAACUUAAUUUUUCUCAAGACUACAAUGUAAAGUAGGUAGAAAAGUGUAGAAAUACCUGUUGAGAUGUCCCACUAGUAAGGUUUUUGUAUUAUAUUCUACUUUAAAUUUAAAUAUAAAUGAUAAAUUCAUUUUUAAAACUGUGAUUGUAAUAAUACCUAUUACAAUUUACAUAUUUAGGACAACACAGUUCUUAGAAUUAAAUGUAUUUACCAAUAAUAUAUUAAGUACAAUAAUUGAUUUUUUUUUUUUUAUCCUCAAUUUAAUUCAAUUUUUAAUUAUAUAAGUCUGGUAUUAGUUAUGAUUAUUAAAAGUAUUUUUCAAAGUUCUGUUUUGGUAAUACUACGAAACUGACUACUGUGUAUCUUGAACAGUCGUAAAUUAUACUGUACUGUAUCUGUUUUAAGUAAUAAAUUGUCUAGAAUGUAAACAUGCAUUUUUGUGAUUCCUUGAUAGUGACUGCAAUCCUGAUAAUUUUCUUUUACACAUUUUUUUUUUUUUUUUAGAGUAUUUUUUAAUUAAAUAUAGCAAUGUUUGAAAUUAGAAUCCCAUUAUCUUAAAUGGGAUUCUAAUUUCAAACAUCUGUUCAUAUUUCAGGUUUUUAUUUUUGGCAUUAGUUUUAAACAAAAUAACAAAUAUUUUGUUUACUCUGAUUAAUGUAUAAUGAUCAAAUCAUGAUGAUAAAUUUAGUCUUUUUUUAUUUUAAGAAAAAAAAAACAUUUCUAGUUAUAUUUAAUAAAUAAUAUACUUGUAGUGAGCAAUAACUACAUAACAUUUGUUUUGGGAUUCACAGACUAAUUUUAUUACAAUACAUACUACCUAUAAAAUUGUUGAAUAAUUAGACUGAAAAGUUUCUAGAAAGAGAUUGGCUUAUUUUUAAAGUUAUUUUCGUUAAAUACUAUUGUAUUACAAAAACCAACCUAUCUUAGGUGUGUUCAGAUGUACAAUGCAGUUUUAAAUGUAGAUUUGUCUAAUGUUAUUCUGUGUAUAAUUUUUCUUUUUCAGUUCUCAUUAUAAUCACCUUGUUUUAAAUCUGCAAUAACUCAUUUAAUUUGUAUUAUUUUUCUAAAUAUAUAUUUAAUGCAAAGUUAUGUAUUUGUUUUAGAUAAUUAACUGACCAUAAUAGGUAAUUUUAAAAGUCUUGUGAAAAUUUUACAUAAUUUGUUUAUUAGCUUUUUUAUUAACUAGCUUAUAGCGACUCGUAAAGUAACCAGAUUAAAAAUGUAUAUUUCUUGUGUUAUAACAUAAGAAAUAUAAUAAAUUGGUAAGAAACUGGAAGUAUCCUAAUAUGCAUUUGUUUCAUAGGUAAUUUUUUUUUAUUGCGUCUAUUAUAAGGUUAAGAAGAUAUAACUUGUAAAUUGUUUAUUGUGUAUAAUGUUUUAACAACUAUGUUUAACAACUAAUUAUUGGACUUGUUUUGAUGUAUACACAAUGAAAUCGUACAAAAUAAUUUAUAUAUUACCUAUUGCUAAUUAAUCAAAUUUCCGUAAUGUUUAUAAUAAAUUGUUAUUAACAUACAUGAUAUAUCAUAAUUCAUGUUACCGGUUAACAUUUUUAUUAUCUGAAAGCUCAGAAAAUAUUGUUAUUAAUAUACGAUUAAACAUUGGUUGUAUUAUAAUUAUUUUUUAAAAACCUAAAUAAUAUAUAAUCUUACACAUUAAUGCAAAGCUGAAUGAGCAAGACUAUUUUAAAUAUAUAUAUUGAAAUUUGAUGAUUAAUUUAUAAUUAAAACAAUUCUCGACCUAAUAAACUCACUACUAAACAGAUAAUAAUUUUAUGCCCCUGCCAAUAUUAUGUUAUACAAUAUAAUAUAUUGUAUUAAAUUACAGCUGACAAUUUUUUUUUUUAAUUCUUUGAGCGGAUGAAUGUGCUUACAAUAUAAUGUUGGUGUUAUUUAAGAUUCUGA